AUGAGCGAGUUCUGGUUGUGUUUCAACUGCUGUAUUGCAGAACAGCCUCAGCCCGUAAGUAUGAAGUUUGCUUUGCUUUCCAUUGUUCGGUAAUGUUGGUUCCAUUCACUUUUUCUUGUGCAUUUUCGUACGUGGGCUAUCGGGAUGUCUCUGCUGCAUUGUAGAAGCAGUCAAACUUGCUGGCUUUUGUCCAAUAUAGCAUUGACAACGGCUAUUCCUAAGUUCCAUUAGUGCUGUGGAACAAUUCCUUUUUUGAUGCAUCUGGUUGGACUCAAAUCAGCAGGGCCGUCUUACCCACAGGUUCUAGGGGUGUGGGGCACCUGGACACUGGGCUCUCAGGGGCGCCAGGCCGAGAGUCCGGGGCCCGAGAGUUGAGUCUGGGGAAGAGCCCGCCUGUCGGUCAGAGCGCCAUGGUGGGUUCUUCUGCGGGUGGAUCUGAGCCGCGAGUUUGAGGGUGACCGAGUCAGCGAGACACUGAGGCGGCUGGCUGGCUCCGCCCUCCUGUGCGCCUGGAGGGGGGGCACGCCAGGCGAAUCUUUGCACCCCAUCUCCGUAUAUUCUUAAGACAGCCCUGCAAAUCAGUCCUCUGAUGUGACAAGUGACAAACUUACAUCAGCCGCACCUCUUUCCAUUCAUACUGUAGUUCUGAUUUGAAAAUAUUGUUUAGUGCAUGAAGAUAGAAACACACACACACACACCCCAUAUAUAAUCUGAAUGUUAUACAUAAACAAGUACCCCUCGACUUUACCUAUUUUCCCUUUAUGCCUCCUAGAUGCUGGCUUGUAAUAAUUUGUACCUAAGAAAAGGAGUACAUAUUACAAAUAUGCCUCUCAUCUCUUUUCAUCUCUUGCUCUAAUGCCAGAUAUGAAGUUCUAAAUACUAUUAUAUUACAUAUACCAGAUUUGUAUAGUGCAUAUUGUGCUAUUAAACUAGUCCAUAUCAAGCUUGACAGUGGCUGUAUACUCAUCUGACAUAGCAACAGCGGGAGGGAGGGAGAAACAUGCAGGCUUAUAUAUCUCAAUGCCAGAACAGAGGUGGUUGCUAUGUGAUUCACAAACUAAAUGUUAUUUCUAACAUUUAUACUUUGCUCUUUAAAAGACACACAGAGUUCCCUUGGAAGAAAGUUAAAAUACAUGGGCUGUGUGCAACUAAGUUGUUAUGUAGAUAGAACAACUUCUGUGAGCACAGUGGAAUAUCUUUUCAUCCUGUGGGCCCCCAAAUCUACUUUUCCCCCAACCCUUUGCAACAGAUUGGGGGACAGCAGUUCUGUUGCGCAUGGGGAAUUUGUUCUGCUUGCACAGUGAUUUAGUUGAAUUACAACCCCAUGACAAUCAGGCAAUAAAAUAAUAAUAAACAUGAAUGAAAAAUGCAGCAAAGAACACUUAUCAGCAAGGAGCAGAGUUAAAAUCAACUGAUUUAAAAGGUGUGGUAGAAAUGGAAAGGUUUUUUAAAAAAUAAAAAAUAAAAUAAUCAGUGCUUUUUUCCUGGGGGCAUGCAGGGAUACGCAUACCCCUAAACAUUUUGUGAAUCUUUGUACUUUUGUCCAUUUACUGUAUUUAUUUUUCCCAAUUUGAACUAUAAAAUGGUGAUUUUCUUGAGUCAAAAUGAGAGGGCGUUCCACAGGACGGGCACCACCACCAAGAAGGCCCUCUGCCUGGUUCCCUGUAACCUUCCUUCUUGCAGGGAGGGAACCGCCAGAAGACCCUCGGAGCUGGAUCUCAGUGGCUGGGCUGAACAAUGGGGGUGGAGACGCUCCUUCAGGAAACUUAGGUGUGUGGGGGUACUAUGCCUUGGAUGAAAACACACAGAAGGCAAAAUAGGGACCGUAAAGUACUUGAAAUCAUAAUGUGGAUGGUUACAUUCAGACACUAUCUAGACGGAUUUCAGUUUUUUUGAAAAUUUCAAACCUUUGCAAAAACAGAAACCUCAGCUGCACUGCUGCUGUGACUGUCAGAGAAUGCAAUUUUGAAGAUCCUGACAAAGGAAUAUUCUGAAAAAUGAUGCUAAUAUUUGACUGUGAGCAAGUUACUCCUCCACAGUUCACACUAUAAAAAUGACCAAAUGCCAGCUUUAAUGAACAGAAUUUUGGGAGGACUUCAUGCCUUAGAUGCCAGAAUAGGGAGUAACUAGAUCUUUAAAAGUAAAGUGACAAUUUUGAACUCUUCGGGCUGAUUUAAACUCUUCUAGGGCUGCAUUACUUGAUAAUGCUAUUGGACAGCCACGUAACUGAACACAAACAGAUCCCCAACAUAAAAUCUUCAAUUGAAUUCUGGAGGUGUUGUGUUCCAGAAGAGCUGUGCAAACUACUUGUUUCCUUGCUUGUUUCAGGAAAGUGCAGAUUAACCCUUAGGCACAUUGUCUUCUAUUAACAUCUAAAGUUUCAAAACAGAGUGCUUGAAUAUGAGUAAAUAUGCAUAUGUAAUUUAUGAAAGUUUUCUGAGAUAAAAUCCAAAAUCAUUUCCACAAUUUUUAAUUGUAGGAGCUACAAAAACAUUGAAAGUCAUUUUCCUUCUUUUUUUAAAAAAAAUAUUUUUAUUAGUUUUCAGUAACAAUAAUCCAAUAUAUGCCUCAUUGUAUCAAUACCAAAUUAUAAUAUCAAUUCCAAUAUCAAUCAAUCAAAUACCCAAUUACAUAAUUAGGUGCCCUCCCGGCGUGCUAGAAUCGAACGUUUGAUGAUUCACUUUAAUUCUGCUUCCAAACUCUUAUUUAAUCCAAUUACAUUCCAAUCCUAAUAAUAAUCCCUUGUACAAUAGCUGCAAUAUUUUAAACUUCUAUUCGUGUUAACACAUUUAAAAAUUUAUAAGUCUGCCAGUGAAAUUCAGUAUUUUUAUUUUCCUGUGUGGGGUAUUUAUUCUGUCCAUAUUUUCUUCUUGUCCUUGCCGGAUUUUAUGUCUAUUUUGGUUGUUGCUGCUCUCCAUCAUGGAAAAUUACUUUCUUUGGCUACGUAUAACUUAAUGAGACAAAGGUCUUGGCUGGCAACGCAAGACAUAAUUGUUGUAAAAUUGAUAUUACACAGAAUGGCAGCAUUUUUUUCAGGUGAUCAUGCAAAAGAGAGUAUACUGUAUGUGGACAGUAAGAAAGUACUAGAAUUCAUGCUUCUUCACCUGUUCACCCCCCAUCUUCUAGGAAGAAAUAAACAGCAGGCUGGGAUUUUGAUGCCCCCGGAGCAGAUAAUGGGGCAGGAUGGUGGGAUCCUGCUCUCCUAUUCUGCACUUGUAUCUCCCUCUCCUAAUUUAAUUACUCAGGGCAGUGAGCAUUAUUUAGCUAUCUUGUUGGCAGAGGCAGAUUUAGGGCAAUGCAAACAGUGCACUGGGUGAACAGCUGAGGAAGGUGUCUUCCAAAGCCCUGUAGGUCAUGGGUAGGCAAACUAAGGCCCAGGGGCCAGAUCUGGCCCAAUCGCCUUCCAAAUCCGGCCCGCAGAUGGUCCGGGAAUCAGUGUGUUUUUACAUGAGUAGAAUGUGUGCUUUUUUUCUUUUUUCUUUUAGAAUGUGUGCUUUUAUUUAAAAUGCAUCUCUGGGUUAUUUGUGGGGCAUAGGAAUUCUUCUUCUUCUUCUUCUUCUUCUUCUUCUUCAAAAUAUAGUCCAGCCCCCUACAAGGUCUGAGGGACAGUGGACCAGCCCCCUGCUGAAAAAGUUUGCUGACCCCUGCUGUAGAUUCUUGGCCAGCUUUAGCAAGGAGGCGUGAGGACUUUGACAGGUCCCCCUUCCCAGAGUCAGGCAACUGCUUUUUGGAAGAAGAGAGGAUGGCCAGUGGCGUAGCUAUCUGCUCUGGUGCCCGUGGCAUCGCGCACAUCAGCUGGGGCUCCACUUUGUUCUGGGGCAAUGCCAGGAGCUCUGAACCUUCACAGCCUCUCCUGCCUGGCCACGCCCCCUGCAGCGGCUGCUCUCGCUGCUGCUGUUGAGGUUGCAGGGAGCCCAGGACGAGGAGGUGGCAGGAGGCUGAAGGGGUAAAGCCACACGCAGCCCUUACUGCAGUUGACUGGACGGGGCAGGGCGGGGUGGGUUUCGUGAGCCCAAUUUUUUUAAGCUCAUGUUUUUGCCAUUUUGUCACCUCCCUCAUUGAUGACACCCAGGGCAGACCGCACCCCCCACCCCUUCCUACGCCCCUGAGGAUGGCUCUAGGACCCUGCUAAAGCCUUGCACCUUCUUCCCAAAACCCGGCUUAAGCAGCCUUAGGGGAGGUCAUCAAAUGGCCUUGCACAGGGUGGUAUAUUACCAAGGUCUGCCCCUGUUUUUAGAUGGCCGGAGGAAUGGAAAGGGACAGCUGGACUGAAUCUGAUCAUUAUUUUUUGUCUUUUCCCUGCCAAGUGCUGGGCACUGUCAAAGCUGACAGCAUUAGCAAUGUCUUGGCAAUACACGUUCCCAUACAGGAUGUACCCAUUUUCAUGAGAGAUCAGCAAAGAUCUUGCUUGAACUGAACAUACAUUUUGUGUUCGCCUUUGUGUGUGUUUACAGCUUAGCAUUUAUAGAACUCUGUAGAGUGUUCAAAGCACACAGGCUAAGGAUCAUUUUACUAAAUCUAACUUUCAGUCACUGCAAUACACCCCAUGCCUGUUCUGGUUUCACCUUCCCAGUGAAAUAUGUGUAAUGUAUCUUUGUACAGUCAUACCUUGGUUCUCAAACACCUUGGUACUCGUACAUUUUAGCUCCUGAAUGCCACAAACCCAGAAGUGAGUGUUCUGGUUUGCAAACGUUUUUUGGAAGCCGAACAUCCGACGCGGCUUCCACGGCUUCUGAUUUAGUGCAGGAAGCUCCUGCAGCCCAUCGGAAGUCGCGCCUUGGUUUGCAAAUGUUUUUGGAAGUCGAACGAAAUUCCAGAAUGGAUUACGUUUGAGAACCAAGGUAUGACUGUACCUAUAGAACAGGCUUCUUCAACCUCGGCCCUCCAGAUGUUGUUGGCCUACAACUCCCAUGAUCCCUAGCUAGCAGGACCAGUGGUCAGGGAUGAUGGGAAUUGCAGUCUCAAAACAUCUGGCGGGCCAAAGUUGAGGAAGCCUACUAGAGAAUAUUUGACACUAACCAGUAAAAUAAUUCAAUUCAGUUUAAGCGGCUUGGACACACUAAAGUUGAAAUGCCUCACAUUUAUUUUAGAAACAUCUAGUGGGGGUGGGGGUGUUUGUAUGUAUGUAUGCAUACACAGAGAGACGCAUACGUAUUCUCAGUCUUUUUACUUAAAAUUGCAUUGGCAGUUAAUGAAAUGACAUUAAGAUCAUAUAUCAACCGCUGGGUGUUUGUGAUAAAUGGAAACUUUGGGGAAGAGGAUUGGGCUGCUACUUAGGCCAAAAAAAUAAUAAUUCAUGGAAUAUUUUAAUGUAUGCAAUACAUCUGUAGCACAAUUGGCCGUUGUUCCCUUUUGGAUACACUUCCAGAGCUUGAGAUUUCUAUAGCAAUUCAAGCUCUCUCUCAAAAAGUGGGCUACUGUGAAUUAUUUCUAAGUGAUUUGCUUGGAUUUAGGUUUUUGAACGUUCUUUUGGAAGCUGAAUGUCUAACGCGGCUUCCGUUGCUUCUGGUUGGCUGCAGGAGCUUCCUGCAGCCAAUCAGAAGCUGCGCUUUGAAAGUCGAACGUUUUGGAAGUCGAACGGACUUCCGGAACGGAUUCUGUUCGACCUCUGAGGUACAACUGUACUGCAGUCCAGCAUUUAGGACCAAACUGGAUAUGAUGUUAAUUGCAUGCUCAUUAUUAAUGUGUCUAUUUAUUUUUAAAUGGGAAUAGUAGCUGCAGGUAGGAUAUUGGGAUUGGGAAUAUGGCUUAAUCUCCGCAACCAUAGUCCCAAUGAAAAUCAUGCCUGUCCCAAAACUGAUAUUCACCUUGGGACAGAAAUUUGCAUAGGUGUGGAUCCUGGCAUUGACUGUUAAUUUAUUUCAAAGCUCAGAUGUGGCUUAUUAGGCUAAUGUCUCCUUGCUAAUCUCCCCACAUGAAUUCUGCUAUAUUAUCUCUCUUUAAAGCAGUGUUUCCCAAACUUGGGUCUCUAGCAGUUUUUGGACUACAAUGCCCAUCAUCCCUAGCUAGCAGAACCAGUGGUCAGGGAUGAUGAGAACGGUAGUCUCAAAACAUCUGGAGGGAAACACUGGGAAACACUGAUUUAAAGGACCGCAUACUUUUUUUUGAAUGCUCUGAGAUUACUUCAGCCAGUAAAAGCUCCACUUCCAGUGAUUCAAACUUGGCUGUUCAGCGAGAUCACCAAAAGGGCAUGUUUGUGCAUGUAGCGUCACUCCUUUUGAACUGUGCUCUUAUUCAGCGUGGUAUUGGUAUAAACACAGCCAACAUUAGAUGCCAUUGGUGGGACUGCCAACUGAUUAAAGGUGUUUGAUUGCUCAAAUAUCUUACAUUCUAGCAAAUUAUUAAUGGAUGAAUGCUGACCAGCAUGUAAAUACAGAUGGAAUCUGUGGGUCGUCCCCCCCCCCCGGCCUCCGCUGUUGAAACAAAGCAAGUUUGUCUUGGUUUUAAUUUAACAAUUAAAAUGUUGUGCGUAUAAAAUUAUCUUUAAAUGCAUGGUCUAAAUAAAUAUUUCAGCACACUGUUUUUGCAGUCUUCAAAAUCUCCACAAUUCAGGAUUGCUGACUUCUUAAAAUAAGUGCUUGCAAAGCAAGGGGGACUUGCUAUUUUUGAAAAAACCUCCACUUAACCAGUCUCUACCCGAAGUAUUUCUAGGUGUCAUACCAAUAGGCUCUCCCCAAAGGCUACAUGAUAUGUCCCACCCAGAGCCGUCUUUCCCAUAGGGCUUAGUGGUGCAUCGCGCCAGGGCGCCAGCCUCUCAGGGGCACCCCAGAAAGUGGGGGAGCUGCGCGGCUUUGCUGGCGGCCUCCCCUUUCCCUGCACGCCCACCAGCCGCGCCCCGCCAACCAUAAGGCUGGCGGGUGUGCAACUUCACUCCCAAGCCUCUGCGGGGAUCGCUCUUCCACAGUGGCAUGGGGGAGAGAUGUGCCCCCCCCCGAUGGCUGACAGUGCGCAGCUACGGCCACCCCAACACUAACCGUGGUAAUUUGGGGGUGCUGGGUGAAUAUUUGCACCCCGGUGCCACAUCCCAGAGUAAAAAAUGCCAUGGCAUAGUGAUUUGGUGCCACUGAUGCCAACUUAAGAACAUCUUGAUACACAUCCUCUGAGACUGCAAAGGCUGCUCCAGGACUCAGCAGGGAGAGAACCUCUGCUCACUUUGGCAGCACUUAUAAUACUACUAAAACAGGGUGAGAACCCAUAGGAAGAAGGGGCGCUGGCAGAUCUGGGCAAUAUUAGCAGACAAGCCAGUGCAAUCCCAAGCACUUGCUAGCAGGAUAUCCGGUUUCCAUAGGAGCAGCUGGGAAUGGGGAAUGCCCCAAAUUCUUUUAUUAUGUCAGCUGGGGUGUGGGGGACUCUUUCCACUUUCUCCACAUGUCCUUUUAUACAUUUCCAUCAUGCACUUCCAACCUCUGAUCAUCUUGGCUCUAUUUUCUGCUCAUCCUAAGAUAAGAGCACUUCAUUUUCUGAUUGGUUUGACAUCAUCCAACAAACUGGGGGGGGGGGGACCAUUCACAAAAAUAAUGGAGUAAUAUGAGGAUUUUAAUUGGACUCUGAUUACACUGGAGAUAAGCAGUAUAUUAUAGUAUGAUCUUUAUAGAUAGCAUCUUUGCCGUCUCUGUUAAAUCAGUGGUAAUCAGGAUGGUAAGGGAUGAAACAGGAUUACCAUGCUGAGUUCCUUGCUUGGCCAAAAAUAUUUUGCUUGAGAGCAAAGCAAGAGAACUGAUAGAAGGCCACGUAUUAGUUCUGAAUUCAGCAUGCUCUGUGUAAAUGGCCAUCAGGAAAAGCCUGUGGUUGCUUAAAAGCACCAGUUGCUUAAAUGGGUGAGGACCAUUUUCAGGGUGUGUCUACUUAGGUAGUACAAAAUGUUGUGAGGACCAUCAAUUAGAAUUUGUCUGCAUAUCAAGAGUAUGGAAUGGCGAUCUCUUGCCCUAUACAAAUUUCCAGUUGCAACUAGAAUUGCUGUUUUGUAUACACCUUGCUGUGGUUGGGGAAAGCAACAGCACUUCCCCGCCUUAGACUCAGAUGCUACACUUCAGAUUUCUUGGUGUUCUUUAGACAGUAAUAUGUACCAAUGAUGGCACUAGCACUUUAAGACCUCUAAAUAGGUUCUUCAAGGACCGCAGAUGUUUGAAAGUUUGAGAGCAACAUGUAGUUCAAAGACUCUCUCGGCUCUCAUUGUAUCUGCACACUUUGCUGUUUAGAGUCCAUUCCCCUCGAUGUUUAAAACUCACAACAGACUCAGUUUCUGCAGAGACCAGAGCAAUGUGACUUUGUGCAAGGAAAACCACUGCACAGAUGUCCUUGUUGCUGCACCGCGUCUUACAAAGCUGACUCGCAGCCUUUCCCUUGGGCUGGUGGCGGGAGAUACUUCUGCAAAGUGAACAAUGUUUUCAUAGCCCUUCUGUAAAAUUGAAAUGGACAAGUAGAUGUCAUCCGGCUAGUCGCUCUUGUUCUGAACGUGUUGCACCCCUUCGUAGUGAAUUAAAGCAAUUCAAUUCCUUGUCUGCUAAAAUGAAACGAGUGAUCAACCAGUUCUAAAGUAGGGCAUUAAAUUCCCUUUAGGCACACACAGCAAAACAAAUCUGCAAGCGUGCUCUAGAUACGCUACACUUUCUGAGUCUUACUGAGCUGCUCACACUCGUAUAUGGGUAUUUUCCUGGCAUUGAAUAAAUAUAUGUUUAUCAACUGUAUAUCUUUUUCAUAUAUUCAUCUAGUUGCAUGCCCACAGGAGAUGUUCAUCUAAAAUGAGUCAUGUUCCUGCCAGUGUUAGAAUGCAUUUGUGCUGGAACACCUCAAUGUUUGAAUUGGACAUCCGCAGCUUGAAUCAGAGCUUACAUGGUGCCUUUCGCUCCAAAGAACCAUGAGCAAAAUUUAAAAGAUCUGUUUGAGCUGUUCCACAAACUUAUGGGCAAGCUAGUGCAACACUUAUUGCCUUGCAAUGUCACCGUGUAUUACAGUAUGAGAAACCUAGUGAAUAAGUAAGAUGCAAGCUUUAUCAUACAAGGUGUGACCGGAAAGUUUGAUGAAAUCAAACGGAAAUCGGAUAGCGAGAAAUAUUCAAACAUACAGUUGGCAUCGGAAACCCAUGAAAUGCUCACAAUUGUGUAUGGAGAUGAAUCUGUAACUUGAAAGACAGUGUAUGAGUGGUUGAAGCAUUUCCAUGAAGGGUGGCAAACCAUCGAAGAUGACCCUUGAUCUGGAAGAUCAUUGACGAGCAGAACAGCAGCAAAUGUCGGCAGAGUUCAUGAGUUAUUGAUGUGGAAUCAGCAUUUGUCUGUCUGAAGGAUUGCUGAAGAAAUGCAUAUUCCAUGUGAAAUAGUUACUGAGGUUACUGACUUGUCCCACCCUCCAUAUUCUCCCAGUUUGGCUCCACCAGAUUUUUUUCUUUUUCCAAAACUGAAAUCUGCACGGAAAGGGCACAGAUUUCCCAACAUUUCACAUGUCCAAGCUGCUGUGAUGAGGGAACUGAAAGCAGUACGAAAAGAGGACUUCUCCGGAAGUUUCCAACACUUCUACGAACAUUGUCAUUGGUGCAUUGUAUCAGAGGUGGCCUACUUUGAAAACCUGUAAGGUAUGUAUGGUCAAAUAUUUCUUGCUGUCCGAUUUCUGUGACCAUUCACUGAACUUUCUGGUCACACCUUGUAAAAGCUCUUGUAGACUAUGAAAGAAUCUUUAAAGAAAGACAACAUGCAGAAAAUGACAGAUUUCCCUGGAUUGGGGACCUCUUUUACUACUUUUCUGCUAGGCUGGGUUUAGACUUUCCAUGAAUGAAAGAGGCUCUCCAGUACUGGAAUGACACUACUGGGUUGUGGUGUUAGUCUUUCAAAGUGAUAGCUAUUAAGAUUUCAGAGUCACAUUAAAACAUACAAAAUUUCUCUGCUUGGCCUGAAUUACAGUGGUGCCUCGCAAGACGAAAAGAAUCCAUUCUGGGAGUCUCUUCGUCUAGCGGUUUUUUCGUCUUGCGAAGCAAGCCCAUUGACGGAUUAGCGGAUUAGCGCUAUUAGCACUAUUAGCGGCUUUUAGCUGCUUUUAGCGGCUUAUCAGCUUAUCGGAUAAGCAGAUAAGCGGCUUAGCGGCUUAGAAAAAGAGGGGGGAAAGGAAAAAAAACCCGCAGGAACUCACAAGACAUUUUCGUCUUGCAAAGCAAGCCCAUAGCAGAUUCGUUUUGCGAAGCACCUCCAAAACGGAAAACGCUUUCGUCUAGCGAGUUUUCCGUCUUGCGAGGCAUUCGUCUUGCGGGGCACCACUGUACAGCACAAUCCAAAUCACUGAUAUUCUGUGCUGGGCAGGGUAGAUGAGGCAGAGGUCUCCCUGCACCCAGCCUAGAACAGCUCCAACAGCCUCUGCUAACAUCAUUCUACUGGUGAACCCUGUCUGCUCAGCAAAAGGGCAGGCAGGUGGAAGUACCCUGGGCAGGCUUUCCAACAGCCACCACCGCCUGCAAAAACCCUUAAAUGAGGUAUUGCAGAGGGAGAGUAGUGUGGUUUGUGUGUAUAUCCUGACAUCCUUCCUCUAAGGAGCAUGCUGCAUUUUUUUGAAAUUAUUUUGCUGACUUUGAAAUGGGAUAGAUGCUUAAAGUGGUGUGCUCCACAUACGCGUCUGAAUUUCAUAACCUGCCUACAGCUGCUGAAUAAUCACAAGAUUGCAAAAUGGCUGCCUCCUCCAGAUGAAAAGUGAAUCCAAGAUGAAAAGUGAACAACAACAUCUAUAUAAGUUAUUUUGCCUUCGUUGGGCAGAUAUUUGAAGCUUUGUGCGUGCAUGGGAAUUGCGGGGGAAAUGAAAUGAGUGGUAGAAAUAGUGGGCUGGACAGAGGGGAAAGGUAUUGUCACAAAGUUAGGUUCCUGGGCAAUUUCUAGUCCACUUGUGUGCCUUCACCUGCAGACCAAUUUCAGGAUUAUCAGAGAUUGGAUACGAGUCCAUUUCUCAAGCCAGCAUGAGCUAAGGAGCCAUGCACAGUUGCUGAGGAGCAAGACUAACCUGACUGAUGGGCAGAGUGAGUUGUCUAGCUAAGGCAGCAGGUGCUGCAGAGUAGGAAAUGUUGGCAAGAAGUUGGAGGACAGAGCUGUGGGUACCACCUGGCUUGCCCUGUGCCUCCAAAGCCUUUUUCCCUCAAGUGUUGUGGAACUAUGGAAUAUGUUGUCCUGUCACCAACAUUGAAAUAAGGUUCAGCUGCCAGCCCUGUGGAUUAUUGUGCCUGUUAGUAAAUUCCCUUGAGCUGACCUUCUGAGGAGAAAGAGAUGUGUCUCGUACUGCAAUGGAGUGUUAAGGCCUGAGAGAGAACGCUCUCUGGGGAACUGUUACAUAAGGAAAAACUGACAGAUAAACUGAAAGGAGCCCAGGACAGAGAGUGCCACCCAGAAGGAAACUGUCAAAUGGAUCAACAGUGGUUCAGAUCUGAUUCACCUUUAUUCAGUCUGCAACUUGGCAGAAGUUCAACAGCUGUAGUUCAAGUGACUGAAACCAAGAGGCCUGCAAUUUAGGAGGUCAUGAAUUGAGCUUUAAGAGAGAAGCGUUUAAGAGUUUAAAAAGAAAUCUGAAAUCAUGUUAAACCAAAAAAAAAAAAAACCCCUCUCCAAGCUGUGUAUGCACAUAGACAUAGCUAAAAUCCACAAACCAAUUACAAAACAAAUAUACAUAAAACUACCCCCAUAAAAUAUAGAAAACCUUAUAAAACUGAUAUAGGAAACUAAAUUAUAUGUCCAGGUACAUAUAUGUGUGUGUAACUCAUUACACAGUAAAUUUCCAGCCAAUUAACCUAUUACUGUGGGGCGCUCCCAUCAUUUUAUCAGAUCAUCACAGUCAUGAACCCUUAAUUUUUCUUGGUUUGCUUUGUUGCUGGAUACAAGACUGAAUACAGCUUACAAACAGCUGCUUCCACUUCACUUAUCUUGGGUCAUAAGUGGCUCAAAUGUGUGUAAAUAUAUAUAUAUAGCUUGCCUGUUUAACUUCCCAGAUCACUGUGUUCUGGACAACAGAGCUAUGUAAAAAUUAGUAGCUUCAAACACAGUGAGGUUGUUUCCCUCCGCUCCCCUUUCAAUUCACUAUCUUACAUUGCUGCCCACUUGGCCUCUUGGGCUUGCUGAUUGGAAGGUCUGUGGUUCGAAUCUGCAUGGCGGGGUGAGCUCCUGCUGCUCUGUCCCAGCUCCUGCCAACCUAGUGUUUCCAUGCGCUCUGGUUUCCAUCACAGUGUCCUGUUAUGCCAGAAGCUACUGUUAGGUCCAUCAUGAGACGUCCACCAGCUUCCAACCACAGAUUCCAGCAGCCUUCAAGCAAGCAAACUUGCCUUAUUAUCGCUCCCUAGCAUCCCACUGCCAGAGGAUUGCCUCCUUCCAUUCACCACUUUGCCUCCUCCAAGUGGAAGAAACCUGGGCAGUGCUGAAUGUCACAUCCAUGGCCAGGUGUUUUCUGUUGAAAAUAAAAAAGGGCUUUCCCCUUGGCCUGCUUUUAUAUCCACUCAAUUGCCAAGUGCCUUUGUGACAUCACAAGAAACCCACAGCCAAUGACAACAGCCGGGGAGGCAUCAUCAUUGCUUUGAGCCUCACAAUGGCAGGUGGACCUAUUAGUGAUUGUUCUUGUUUAUUCAGGACAUGGGUGGUGCUGUGGUUUAAACCACUGAGCCUCUUGGGCUUACCGGACAGAAGGUCAGCAAUUUGAAUCCCUGUGAUGGUGUGAGCACAUGUUGCUCUGUCCAAGCUCCUGCCAACCUAGCACUUCGAAAGCACACCAGUGCAAGUAGAUAAAUAGGUACCGCUCUGAUGGGAAGGUAAAUGGUGUUUCCGUGCGCUCUGGUUUCUGUCAUGGUGUUCCAUUGCACCAGAAGUGGUUUAGUCAUGCUGGCUACGUGACCCGGAAAGCUGUCUGUGGACAAAUGCCAGCCCCCUCGGCCUGAAAGCGAGAUGAGCGCCACAACCCCAUAGUUGCCUUUGACUGGACUUAACCUUCCAGGGGUCCUUUACUCCAGAGAGAGGAAGGGGCGUGUCUUCAAACAGUGCCUAAUACCUGAUUUGUUUCCUCAUGCUGAACUCCAAUUCGCCGAUGCUCACAUCUGCACAUGCGCAUGGGCAAUGGUUGCCUGAAGUUUACACACCUUAGCUUCUUCUUCUGAACCUAAGCUGGUUUGAGGGGAAAGCUCAUCAAACAGGAAUAUUUCUCGAGAAACUACUGAUUGCAAAUAUCAGUAACUUACCAUAUCUUAUGUACUUCUUUCUUCUUCUGUGGUGUUCACACUUAAAGUCACAUAUAUUUUUCCAGGGAAUUUUGUGGAUUCUAGAGUGCCUCAAAUCUGGGGAUGGGUGGGCAGGGGAAGACGGGAAAACCUGUCUGUCCCUUGUAGAAGCUUUGUUGUGGUCCAGGAAAAGCAGCUCUUUCUAAAAAACAGUUUUCCACUUCUAAGUACUAUAACUUGUUCUUUUUUUCCAGUGCUUCAAUCAGAUGAAACAGCCACAAUAACUUGUGAAGUCUCAGAUCACAGUAAAAAAUGACUGUGGUUGUCUGUCUGAAAAAAAAAAUUUAUUUUGAUUGUUUGAAGGAGAAACACAUCUGUGUUUCAUAGCUAUUACGUGAGGCUAUUAGGGAACCAUCCAUUUUCCCUAGUAAAUCUGUUGCCUAGUAUCUUCCUGUGAAAUAUGACCGCUGUUUUGUUGUUUACAAUACGCAUAAAGGUAUUACUGUUCUGUCUGGUGAGAAGAUUAAACAAGCACCGUUGUUAAGAUAAGGGCUUAAAGUACGAGCCGGCAAGUUCAUGAGGAGAAAAGCGAAGUCUCGACAGAGAUAGUCAGGUUGGUGCCUUUGAGAUAUUUUGGACGACUCCCAUCAGCUCAACCAACAUAGGCAAUACAGUCGUACCUUGGCUGCGUGUCGAGGUCCCCCAAGCAACCCCUAAAUAAUUCACAAUUCACACAUAAUUUUUGUUUAAGGUUUUGUGGCAUAUUUUUGGCCACAACUUUAUUAAAAUACAUAAAUGUGAGUGGUUGCUUAGGCAUUGGUUAUGACUAUCUGUCCCCUCGCCUAGGGACAGAACUGACUUCCGGAUUCCAGCGAAAGCCAGUAAGGGAAAACAAUAUUGGGGAGAGCACGGAGCCGGGCAUCAGACCCUCACCCUCCCCCCGCAUGCUCCCGGUGGCUUGCACGGCCCUAAGCCCCAUUCAGGGGUACGGACGAAAGAAUGGCAAGCCCCUGGAUUCCUUUAACAGAAUUCCCUUUCCACAGCAGCAUUGGAGGGGCAGGCCCAGCCUAUCCUUACCCCUCCACCAACCAAUUUUUUAACCAAUGCCUAACCGCAACCUUACAAGUUUUGACGAUUUGCUACGCAAUAGGCAAAAACCAAAUGGCACCAGCCAAUCAACCAAAUGGACAAAAUUCCUACCAGGCCCCUGCCCCCAAAGCAGACGGCCCCAUGACAGGCAUAGCAAGGUCAACGCAAUAGCCCUAGAUUAGGGAGGGUGGGCGGGUGAUCCGAUGCAUGCAGCAAAAGAGCCCAGUCAGUGCUGCGUGACUUGAUUUUAUAACCUUUGGUCCGUCCCCCUAAAUGGCAACACCAAAAUUUGCCCAGUAACCCAACCGCCCAAUCACUGCGGAUGGUCAUCCAUACUAACCCACCCAGCAACAGAGGGGUGGCCUGUCAGACCCCACCGCAACACGUGCUCUCUGUGAAAGAGAACACGCUUUGUCGAACGCCUUGGUACUCGUACGUUUAGGCUCCCGAACGAUUGAAACCCGGAAGUGAAUAUUCCGGUUUUUGAACUUUUUUUUGGGAAGCCGAAUGUCCAAUGCAGCUUCCAAAGCUUCCGAUUGGCUGCAAGAGUUUCCUGCAGCCAAUCAGAAACCGCACUUUGGUUUCCGAACAUUUUGGAAGUCAAACAGACUUCUGGAACGAAUUCUGUUUGACUUCCAAGGUACGACUGUAAUGUCAUUUGCAGUAUCUGGAGAUGCUCAUUGGCUACCCCUGCAUGUGUCUUAACAACCUAGGGGUUCAAUGGUCACAACCCACCUCCCCAUUUGGAGGGCUCUGGGAAAGCAGGUUUCUCCCAGUUGCAUUGCCAUGCUAAUUUCACUUCCCAAGCAUUCACUUCAUGUAAAAACAGACCUUCCACCCCAACUGUAUUAUAUAUAAAUAGGACACAUGCAUGAAUAAAAUCCAUUGGGCCUGAGCACCACAUCUAGUGUAUACCUAAAAUGUUUGCUUUCUUUUUUAAGAAGUGCAAUACAAAAUAUAUUUGAUUACAUUUUGAGUAUUUGCCUGCAAAAGGGUAUGUCCCCAUAUUCUGCACAUCUGUAUUUGAUGGCUGAAUUAUUCUUACAUUAAGGAACACCUGAGUUGUCUAUAAAUCAACUGAACUACAAAAUGACAUGAAAACUAGAAGUUUAUUCUCUUUAGUACGCUGUGGGUUCCUGCAGAGAUACUUGUUCUCUAUAAUGUGGUUGUUUUUUCUGAACGCCAACUCUCUGCUUUUUUCCUUCUCAAUUGGAAGUGACAUUUAUUUGGUUGAAUAGGAAGGGUUUUCAUGUUGUAACUACUGACACACAUCCUGUCGUGGAGCUGUAGCGUUUCAUCAUGUCGGUUGACCUCUCUCUAAAUAUUUCCUGUGCAAAUUUCAAGAGACUCAGCAAGUGAAAAUUAAACUCCCCCCUCCCUUGUUACUACUCUUUGUUUAUAAGCAGCUAUCACUUUAGUAACUGCCAGUGUACUCUUUACAUAUUAUAUUUAAUUUCCAGAUUUCUUUUUAAAAAGUAGGUAUUAGGAGUGUUCUUUUAGCCACAGUGACUUCUGCCCUUGUUCAUUUAUUACUUGGCUCCUGAGAGCCUACUUGGGUUGAGGGCAGAUCUAAGGCUUUUUCUGCCAAGUUCUUGCAAGAUCCGACAUUCAAAUAAACACAGGAUCUUGAAAUUCAGCUGUUAGAUCCUUCUUUACAGAAUCAGAAGAAUCUUUAUUUGCAUCAGCCACUAGCCAUAGCAAUAAAAUAAAAUAAAAUGUACUGAAGAUAGAGGUAAAAACAGCGAUAGAAAAUACAUUUUGUGGGUUUAUCAAAUAAUAGAUCUUAUUCUAAUUGCCCCGGCUAAAAACCUUGCAGUUUUUGCUGUCACCUGAUCAUCUUGAUCUGCUAAAUGAAAGGACACGGUAGCAAUGGCUGAGCGACCUGGCAUGGACAAUAACAGAGGAGUAAUAACCUCACUCCUCAAAUCUUUAUAAAGAGUGCAAGCCAGGAGCACAUGAGCCACUGACUCAAUACUGCCAUCUCCACAGGGACAUAACUGUUUUUCCAGCAGAAUUUUUUGAAAUCGACCCUCAAGUACAGCUAAAGGCAGUAUAUUCUAUCUUGUGACAGUGAAAGCACAUCUGUAUUUGGGAAUUGUUAAGUUUUGCAGAUAGAGUCAUACCUUGGUUUUCAAACGCCUUGGAAGUCAAACGUUUUGGCUCCUGAACGAUCAAAAAACGGAAGUGAUGGUUCCAGUUUUCGAACGUUCUUUGGAACCUGAAUGUCUGACGUGACUUCGGCAGAUUUUGAUUGGCUGCAGGAGCUUCCUGCAGCCAAUUGGAAGCUGUGCCUUGGUUCCUGAACAUUUUAGAAGUCGAAUGGACUUCCAGAACAGAUUCCAUUCGACUUCCAAGGUACCACUGUAGAUCCUUCCUUUGGUGAUGGAAGGGAGGAGUGACUUGGGCCCGGUAACAACUGAAGGGGCCCUCAUUCAAUUAACUCAGUUCUGCAUUAUCAUAUUACAUGUGUUUUUAUCUCAGGAAGAGGCUAUAGAAAAAUUAUGCCAUGUGCUAAGAGAAGUUUUAAAAAUAAAUAAAGACGGCCUUCAGAGAACAGCCUCCAUUUUCGCCAUGAUAAAUUGUGAGGGAGCCGAAAGUAUUCAGAAAGAUUAGCAUACCCUCCCCACUGGAAAUAGUUUCCAGGUUAUGGUCUAGUACAGGGGUCAGCAAACUUUUUCAGCAGGGGGCUGGUCCACUGUUCCUCAGACCUUGCAGGGGGGCGGACUAUAUUUUUUGGGGAGGAAAUGAAGGAAUUCCUAUGCCCCACAAAUAAUCCAGAGGUGCAUCUUAAAUAAAAGGACACAUUCUACUCAUGUAAAAACACGCUGAUUCCUGGACCAUCCGCAGGCCGGAUUUAGAAGGUGAUUGGGCCGGAUCCAGUCCCCAGGCCUUAGUUUGCCUACCCAUAGUCUAGUAGGACAAUCAGUUUGGAAGGCAAUCUGCAACACAAAUAUCAUUGAGCCCUUUUAAUUCCUUCGUCAGCUGGCCAGUGUUUUCAGUAUGGGAACCAUUUAGCGCUAGUCUGAAAGGCAGCUUUCCCCUCAAAGCCAGACACUUUGUAUGUGUGGAAUUGCAGCCUUAAAAGCUUUGUGAUGGUUGCUUUCAGAAAUAAAAAUAGGUGCCUCCUCUGAACUCUGUGUUCCUAAACCAAAAUUAGUUUGACAUAGUUUAUUUAUAUUUACGAUUCAAAGAAAUGCCUAUUUUCAUUUGAUUAAACAAUUGCCCAUAGAUUCAGGUUUUUACAAAUUACAUAGAUCAUUGCACGUACAGUUGACCUUGGGCAAAGAGAUCUUUAAAAAAUCUUCUGCUUCCCCAUUUUAUAAGAAAUCAAUUCAACAUUAAGUGUAGAAAAUACACAGGAACUUCUUUUCCGAAGGGCAAUUGCUGCAUACAGAAGCUAAGUUUUGUGCAAAUUGCAGCUAGUUACAGAAAGGUUAAAACCCCAUUCUCAGGACUACUUAGGUCCUGAUGAAAAACUGGGUUUCAGUAUUGACUCCCCCUCCCAAAAAAAGAGCAGACAACAUUGCAUGCCACACAUUUAAUGUAAUGUAUACUUAGGCCCUUAGAAUUGCAGAAAACCAUUAGUUGUUGUUUUUUAUGGAACUGAGUUAUUAACAGUAAUUUUUUGUUGCAUGAGGAUCUGAUAAAUUGAAGUUCUAGUUUGUCUUCCUGUUGCAAAGCACUUUUAUCGAUGUUCAUUUUAUCAGAAGUAAAAGACUUGUAUUAAAGGACAUUAUUUACCAAAGAUACUUAAUGGAGCUUGAGCAGAGCUUUAGAAUGACAGAUGAAUUCUUUCCCCCUGCCAUCCAGUCUAAACAUGCUUCUUGAAAGAACUAUUAUUUUUCAGGAAUCAUCUGACAAAUGUUUCUGUUUGUUUAAGAAGCAUGCCCCAAAAUUGCUAGUUUAUCAUGUGAUGACUAAGACCACCACAACAUAAUGGCAUAGUGGGUAAACAGUUUAGAGGCUGCAUUCUUCACUUUAAAAGAUUGCUAAGGUGACGGUGUGCUGAGCCAGCUAAAAAGAAAAGGAACUUUGUGAUUCAGCAGAGCAACAUCAGUGUGUGAGGUCUUUGCUUCCAAAGUAUGAUGAUUAGUUUUGUACAAAAUCAGGAUCUGUUUAAAGAAUGACAACAAAAGCCCCAACAAAAACCCAGACAUCUGGCUGUAAAAGACUAGACUGCAGAUUGACAAUAUUUGGAACAAGAGAAAUACAACAGAUUUCCCCCUCACCUUUAGACUAGUGGGUCAGUGACAUGUUUGAUCUUUGAUGCUUAAAAAUAUAAUGCUAGUAAUAAAAAUGAUACUCCUCAAAACCUCACUUCCCUUUAUAUGUGCAUUUUGAACUGUGCUGGACCUUCUGCAUUCAUUGUCAUAUUACUCAGGUUCCUCUGUUGCUAACUUCUCUUCCUUUUUUCCUUCCAUUUUCUUUUGACUACUGGCUGCUUCUUGGUUUUCCUGCCUCUUUUAUAAGUGGGUUGGGCAUAGAAAUGGGCUAUGGGUUAGUUUUGUAAUUUUUUUGUUACUUGUUUUUCAACAAAGUGAUUUUCUUUAUCCCUACCUGUCAGGGAACUGCCAUCGGAGCUAGAGGCAAAGAGAAGGCUCCAAAGGGAUGCAGGAGAGGGUCCCAGUAGGGAGAGAGGCAGCCCAUCUGCUGGGGAAGGAAAUCAGCGUAACACCAGUAGAGAAGGGGGGCAGAUGGGGGAAUCGGAGAGGAGGCUCCAAGACUCCUCGCCGGAGACCAGCGGAGAGGGUACGGGUCCUCCGCUGCCUACACCCUCCCUGCGCAGAAGGCUUCCGCGCAGGGAGACUAGGCGGAGACUAGGUGUCAAGGAACUUUUGUGCUGGAAGAAGUUCAAGAAACGCCCACUGACGGAUUCUGCCAGCGACUGAGACAGCCACAAAGCUAGAGACUGUCCAGUCAGAAAGGGUUCAACCAGGUAACCUAGCCAGGAGUGGUGGCAACUUACGCACGAGCAACCCCUAAACCCAUUACACUACCCAAAGUUUUCCUGACAUAACUAAACUUCCUCCCACCGACUGCCUGUGUGAGUGAAAUUAUAUAGGAUGACAAAUUUAAACUGAAGUGUGAAAUCAAUGUAGCUGCCAUCUUACCUGGGAGUGAUCCCCACUGAAUUCAACAAAACUUACAUGCUUAGGUUUGAAGACAUACAUGGCUUUAUGGUGGGUCCUAACUUAGUCAAAAAAGGUAAAGGACCCCUGGAUGGUUAAGUCCAGUCAAAGGCGACUAUGGGGUUGUGGCGCUUAUCUCGCUUUCAGGCCGAGGGAGCCAGUGUUUGUCCACAUACAGCUUUCUGGGUCAUGUGGCCAGCAGGACUAAACCGCUUCUGGCACAACGGAACACCGUGACGGUAGCCAGAGAGCAUGGAAACACCAUUUACAAUUUAAAGGGGAUGCAGGUGGCGCUAUGGUUCAAAUCCCCUUGACGGAGUGCGCUCCUGUUCCCUGUCCCAGCUCCUGCCAACCUAGCAGUUUGGAAGCACGCCAGUGGGUUUGAGCCCCACAUUUGGCAAAAGAUUCCUGCAUUGUAAGGGGUUGGGCUAGAUGGCCCUCAUGGUCCCUCCCAAACUCGAUUCCCUGAUUUCCUGAUACCUAUAUGCCUCCUCCCAUGGGUUUCAUCUAUUCAUGAAUAUCUACCUUGCACACAUCACAUUCGUGCACAUGCAAACACCAUUCUGUCUCAACCACAUUUGAAACCUCCCAUGUACUCACACAAACAUAUACCAGCCGACAUCCAUUCAUGUCCGUGCCCUGGCUUCAGUCCACAAAUAUCCACUGGCUUCUGUUGACUGUCUUCCAAAGGUAAACUUCCAUCAGCCAACAUCCACAAACAUCAGUCUGCUUUAGCCUUGUAGCCUCCACUGACUUCCGAAUCCAAAUGCCACUGGCUUCCAUCCACCAAUAUCUGCCAGCUUCUCUAAGGUCCAUCAUGAGAUGUCCACCAGCUUCCAGCCAUGGAUACCAGCAGCCUUCAAGCAAGCAAACCUGCCUUAUUAUCACUCCCUAGCAUCCCACUGCCAGAGGAUUGCUUCAUUCCAUCCACCACUUUGCCUCCUCCAAGUGGAAGAAACCUGGGCAGUGCUGAAUGUCACAUCCAUGGCCAGAUGUGUCCUGCUGGGGGGAAAAAAGGGUUUUCCCCUUGGCCUGCCUUUAUAUCCACUCAGUUGCCAAGUGCUUUUGUGACAUCACAAGAAACCCACAGCCAAUGGCAACAGCUGGGGAGGCAUCAUCUUCAUUUCUUUGAGCCUCACAAUGGCAGGUGGUGCUUGUUUAUUUGGGAUGCGGUUGGCGCUGUGGUCUAAACCGGGCUUGCCGAUCAGAAGGUCAGCAAUUUGAAUCCCUGUGAUGGGGUGAGCUCCCGUUGCUCCGUCCCCGUUCCUGCUAACCUAACACUGCUUGGCAGGGGGUUGGACUCGAUGGCCCUUGUGGUCUCUUCCAACUCUAUGAUUCUAUGAAAUGGGUACCGCUGUGGUGGGAAGGUAAAUGGCGUUUCCAUGCGCUCCGGUUUCUGUCACGGUGUUCCAUUGUGCCAGAGGCAGUUUAGUCAUGUUGGCCACAUGACCCGGAAAGCUGUCUGUGGACAAACACUGGCUCCCUCGGCCUGAAAACAAGAUGAGCCCCACAAAGCCAUAGUCUCCUUUGACUGGACUUAACCGUCCAGGGAUCCUUUACCUUUACCUUUUACUUAGUCACUCCAUUGACUUUGGCUGAAGGAUUUGUAAGACUCUUCAUUGCAAAAGACUUCCACUCUGUAAAUUCAUUAACUUUGAAAUGGAACAUGCAGGGAAUGUAAUAGAUUUCUAAAUAUCUGUUGAUGGCUGAGAUAUGCACAUCUUUUGUGUGCUGUGUAAAGUAUAUCUUCGCAUCAGUGGACAUGAAAAUGAACUGCUAUCAACUGCAGUGGACCAUCAAAGUGCCAGUGAAUAUUGAAACAGAAGGUGACAUGGUUUAUGCAUCCCGCUCCUGUUCCCGUUUGAUUAUUAUGGCUUUCUCCAAAGAAUCCUGAAACAUGGUUUGGUGACCUCAGUUAGAUUUCCUAACUCUUCAACCUACGGCUCCCAGAGUUCCCCAUGGAAGCAGGAAUGGCUAUUAGUUUGUCUGUAGCAUAAAAUGCUCUAAGCAUGGUGUCAGGGAACUGCCAUCGGACGGAAGGGAGGUGAAAGGGCUCACACAGGUUGGGAGAGACGCAGCAGCUGAAGAGGGAACCAGCAGGGAGGUGAAAGGGCUCACACAGGUUGGGAGAGACGCAGCAGCUGAAGAGGGAACCAGCAGGGAGGUGAAAGGGCUCACACAGGUUGGGAGAGACGCAGCAGCUGAAGAGGGAACCAGCAGGGGGAGAGGAGCUGAGCUGGAGGGAUGGCUCAGAGACACUUCCAGCGAAAACAGUGGGGAGGUUUCAGGACCUCCUGUAAGAACACCCACUCCUCGCCGGAAACUGUCACGCAGAGAUUCCAGAAGACGUGUUUCCGUUAAGGAGCUUUUAUGUUGGAAGCGAUUACGAAAGCAACCACUGUCGGAAUCUGCUAGUGACUAGAGUAGCCAUGUCUGAGGGGCUCCGUCACAGACAGAGGUUUGUGGACUUGAACAAACUCUGAGGGGAUACGAUUUUACGCACAAGCAGCUCAUCAUCCCAUCACAGCAUUCCGACAGUCUUUGAAAGCAGCUUGUGCAGGAGAAGGCAUCAUGAGCAACCCAGCCGGAACCGGAGAAGCAGGAGCUGGAGCGGGUCCAAGCCUGGAAGAAAGGUACCAGAUGUUGGAGGUCCAGCUAGCGAUGCAGACGGCGAGGCUUGAGGAGAGGAGGGCUCAGGAUGCAGACAAAGGGGAAAGCCACCCAGUUCGCCAGAAAGGUACCAGGAUUGGUGCAGAAGUUUGGGGGAGCCCAAAACUAUCAUGGUUUUCGGACAGAAAUGCAAUAUGCCCUCAAUCUGCAGUUUGAUGAAUUCCUGACGAGGAAUCACGAGUGGCUUUCGUGAUUGAGCAUCUUGAAAGGGGGCGAGAGACUGGGUUAGACCCCUGAUGGCAGCGAAUAGUGACGUCUUAAAGGACACGAUGAAGUUCUUUCGCGCCAUGGAUCUGAUGUUUUCCAGCGAUAUUGAAAGGGAGUGGUGCGCAGACAGUUAAUGGGUUGCAAACAGGGGAGCCGAUCUGUCCGUGAGUACUGGACUGAGUUCACCAUGCUUGUUCACAGAUUGGGGUGGGACUUAUCGGCGGAACCCAUUCAAAUGCUCUUUGAAGAAGGGCUUUCUUCGGCUGUGAAAGACGAACUUUCCCGGGCGCCCAGGGCGGAGUCUAUGGACCAGCUGACCAAAUCAGCGCUGGCCAUAGGAGCGCGCCAGGAGGCGAGAGCAUUGGAGAGGCGGGAAGGGAAAGGGGAACGUUGGAAGGAGUUCCGCAUUCCAGACAUUCCAGAGCCAACUUUCCCACCGGCAGAGCCGAUGGAAAUCGGAACAGCGCGCGCGCGCGCAGUUUCAAAGCCCAGUGAGGGGGCAAAGAAGGAGGGAAAAGGCGCCCGGAAAUGCUAUCUCUGCCAACAGCCAGGUCACUUUGCCAGAGUCUGCCCCCAGAGGAAAGAAUGGCAAGGGAUGGUAGGAGCUGUGGAUGGAAGAGAGGAACUAUACCGGAGCAGUAAAGCCAACGCCUGGCUGCCACUGUCAGGGCACAGCAGCCAGGCCAAAGAGCAGUGAGAGUGCCCACGCCAGAACCUCCUAAACCCGCCCUAGUGAUAGAAGUGACGCUAGAGCUGCCAAACGGACACCCUCUAAAGAUAAAGGCGCUGUUGGACUCAGGCAGCUCCUGCAAUUUCAUGAGCAAAGAGUUUGCAGCUGAACACCAGAUACAGACAAUCCCUUUAAGCAGCCCCUGCAGGUGACCACGAUCGAUGGCAGGGAGCUGUUGGGUGGAGAAGUCAGCUUGCAGACCGUCCCAAUGAUAAUGAAGGUAGCAAGGCACACCGAACUGAUAGCUUUUAAUGUGGCCACCUUGGGAGGAGCUCCCAUUAUAUUGGGGAUGAGCUGGCUAGCGUUACAUGAUCCGCUGGUGGGCUGGCAUCAGAGAGUGGUUUCUUUUGGUUCAGCACAUUGCUUAGAACACUGCAAAGAGGGAAAGGGUUUGGCAGGGGUCCAAGCCACCCUAGCAGGGACUGAAGUAACAGAGAACGUGAAGGUACCACGACAAUAUGCAGAUCUCCGUGACGUCUUCAGCGAAAGGGAAGCUGACCAACUACCCCCGCAUAGACCCUUUGACUGUCAAAUCAACUUACUCCCUGGAGCACAGCUCCCUGUAGGCAAGCUGUACGCCAUGUCAGACAGAGAGAUGCAGGAGUUAAGAGAGUUCAUUGACAAGAACCUGAAGAGAGGGUUCAUCAGAGAGUCCAGGGCGGGGGGGCAGCCCAGUGUUUUUUGUGGAUAAGAAAACACGAACAAGCCGAGGCUGGUGUGUGACUUCAGGGCCUUAAAUGCAGUGUCAGAACCAGUAGCCUUCCCUAUGCCCAGGAUUGACGACAUUUUGACAAGGGUGCGGAAGGGAAAGAUUUUCACAAAGCUGGACCUAAGGGGGGUGUACAACCUGGUACGAAUAAGGAAGGGGGAUGAAUGGAAAACCACUAUGUUCACCCCUUUAGGGGCAUUUGAAUAUUUGGUUAUGCCCUUCGGCCUACAAGCAGGCUCCGCAACAUUUCAAUCGUUUAUGAACCACGUCCUGGGGCCUUUGCUUUACAAGAAUUGUGUGGCCUUUUUAGACGACGUGUUGGUGUAUUCUGAGAAUGAGGAGCAGCAUGUGAGAGACGUCAGAGAAGUGUUGAGCAGGCUGCAAGCCAACCAGCUGUGGGUGAAACUGGAGAAGUGUCAGUUUCAUACCAAGGAGGUGGAAUUCCUGGGGUAUCGCCUGUCAGACAAGGGAUUGGCCAUGGAUCCCGGCAAGGUCCAGGCGGUGCUGGAAUGGAAAACACCCAAAACAAAGAAGGAUGUGCAGAGGUUCCUAGGAUUUGGGAACUUCUAUCGUAAGUUCAUCCGAAACUUUGCCCACCUGACGGCGCCCAUUACGGACUGUCUCAGCAGUAAGAAGAAGUUCGUGUGGACUGAGGAGGCGGAGCGAGCAUUUGAGGAACUAAAAAGGGCCUUCGCCUCGGAACAACAACUCCUGCAUGUGGAUUUACAAAAACCGAUGAGAGUGGAAACUGACGCAUCAGACAGAGCGAUUGGGGCGGUGCUUCUGCAGCCAGGCAAGAAGGGGUCAGAGUGGAGACCGUGUGCCUUUUUUCGCGAAAGCUGAACAAAUCCGAGAGGAACUACACGGUGUAUGACCGAGAACUACUAGCCAUUCAUGAGGCGUUCCGGAGAUGGAGGCACCUGCUAAUUGGCGCACAACAUAAGGUGCAAGUGUGCACUGACCACAAGAACCUAGAGUAUUGGAGGACGGCACGAGUGCUCAACCAACGGCAAGUGAGAUGGGCCCAGGAGUUCUCCAAAUUUAACUUUGAGAUUAGUUACGUGCCAGGCCCAGAGAACAUUAGGGCGGACGCUCUCUCACGCAAACCUGAAUAUUUGGAGGGGAGGGGCACCGAAGAGAGACAUGUCAUUCCAGAGGACCGCUGGGUGUGUGGGGCGGCAUUGGUGGGACAAAGAGAACUGGUAGAGGAAACAGAGAAUGAUGAAUACGCCCAGAAUAAGCUCAGAGGUCUUAGGGGUGAUGGAGAGGAACCAGGGGGUUUCGAGGAAAGAAAUGGAGCUUUGUAUUACAAAGGGCACUGUAUAUCCCUGAAGGAGAGUUAAGGGGAGGGUACUCAAGCAGUUGCACGACAGCCCUACGGCGGGGCAUUUUGGACAACACAAAACCAUGUGGUUGGUCACCAGGGAAUUUUGGUGGCCUAAGGUGAGGGAAGAUGUACGUGAGUAUGUAAGAGGGUGCGAGCAAUGCCAGCGAGCCAAAGGGGAAAGGCGGGCGCCGGCGGGGCUAUUAGAACCCUUACCAACCCCAGAACGACCUUGGGAGGCAGUGUCGAUAGAUUUUAUGACUGAUCUGCCGAAGUCCAAAGGGAAAACAGCCAUCAUGGUGGUGGUAGACCUACUAACAAAGAUGUGCCACUUUGUAGCUUGCUCGCAUGCAGUCACGGCGGAAGAGACAGCGAAGUUAUUUGUAGAAAACAUUUUUAGGUUGCACGGGGUGCCAUUGAGGGUGGUCUCAGACCGAGGAAAACAAUUUACUUCCAGGUUCUGGAGGAAGCUCAUGAGCUUACUGCAGGUGGAGGUCAAUUUUUCGACUGCCCGGCACCCUGAAACCAACGGGCAGGCGGAAAGAGCAAACGGUGUCCUCCAGCAAUACCUGAGGUGUUAUGUCAAUGACAGAGAGAAUGACUGGGUAGAAAAGUUGGCGCUGGCGGAAUUUGCCUACAACAAUGCCGAGAAUGUGUCCACAGGGAUGAGCCCCUUCUUGGCUAAUUAUGGGUGUCAUCCCAGGGCUUUCCCAGGGGGAGAGGGGGAGAGAUGGAGCGUCCCGGCAGCCGAGCAUUUUGUGGAAGAAAUGGAAGCAAUCCAUCGUCAGCUCCAACUCAACUUAGAAGGGCGAAGGAAGAAUACAAGAGGCAGGCAGACAAGAACCGAAGGGAAGGUGAAACCAUAAGGGUGGGAGAUAGGGUGUGGCUGUCAACCCAAGGGCUGCCGCUCAAAGGAGGUUGUAAGAAAUUAAGACCCAGGAGGUUGGGUCCCUUUGAGGUCAUUCAACAGGUCAACCCAGUGGCUUUCAGGCUCCGGUUACCCAACCACAUGAAACUGCACCCAGUAUUUCACAGGUCGUUACUGUCACCGUACGAAGGGGACGAGAAGGGCUGGCCACUCGGGGACCGGUCGUAGAAGAAAGAGAAUGCAGCAGCCAUGUGGCAGAAAUCCUCGACGCCAGGUGGAAGGGGGAUCAGGUGGAGUAUUUGGUAGCGUGGGAAGGAGAACCGGAGUCAGAAAACACUUGGGUAAUGGCUGAAGAUAUCAAUGACGAGGUAUUGAUAGAAACGUUCCAUCAAAGGUUCCCAAGGAAACCUCAGCCUGUGGAGAGGUUCCGGAGGGAAUACUUUGGGACCACUGAUGAAGGGGAGGAGUUGGAAGGAUUCCCGGACUCGGAAGGGGAAGGGGAGAUGGACUCUGAGGAGGAGGUGUACUUCGAGACCAGGAACCGCAACAGGUUGAGAGAAGUGUUCGAGACAUCGGAAGAUGAAGGAAGUUCAUUCCGGGGUUUUGCCUCCUCACCGCCCGUAGAGGAGGGGGCGAGAGGGGGUGAAGGGGGCCCUGGAGGGGAGGUGGAUGUCAGGGAACUGCCAUCGGACGGAAGGGAGGUGAAAGGGCUCACACAGGUUGGGAGAGACGCAGCAGCUGAAGAGGGAACCAGCAGGGAGGUGAAAGGGCUCACACAGGUUGGGAGAGACGCAGCAGCUGAAGAGGGAACCAGCAGGGAGGUGAAAGGGCUCACACAGGUUGGGAGAGACGCAGCAGCUGAAGAGGGAACCAGCAGGGGGAGAGGAGCUGAGCUGGAGGGAUGGCUCAGAGACACUUCCAGCGAAAACAGUGGGGAGGUUUCAGGACCUCCUGUAAGAACACCCACUCCUCGCCGGAAACUGUCACGCAGAGAUUCCAGAAGACGUGUUUCCGUUAAGGAGCUUUUAUGUUGGAAGCGAUUACGAAAGCAACCACUGUCGGAAUCUGCUAGUGACUAGAGUAGCCAUGUCUGAGGGGCUCCGUCACAGACAGAGGUUUGUGGACUUGAACAAACUCUGAGGGGAUACGAUUUUACGCACAAGCAGCUCAUCAUCCCAUCACACAUGGUAUAGAAAGGAUGAGUGCAGUGCAUGUGUUCUCUGCAGAAGUUAUUUUCCACCUGAAUACCUCUGCUUAAUGUGCUUCACCUAGUGGGUCAUUGGCAUCAGUUUUCUAGGUAGCGAUUACACUGUUGAUGCUCCUGCACUUUAUCCUUUGGCAGGAGAUAAGGGAGGUAAACUAGAAAUGUAAUAAGAAGAGUUGUCUGCUGAAAGACGCAGAAAUAACUGAGAAAUUGAAAAAGGGUUGAUAAAAAUGAGUGAGGCAAGUAAAAGCAUGAAGAAAAGUUCAUGCUGAGGUUAUACAGAAGAUUUGAUACUGCUAAUUAGAUAAAUAAUCCAGCCGCCCAUCAUAAUCCUUUGAAAGUUAGAUGCAUCUAUAAUUGAACCAUGUCUGUAUUUGCAGCAGUCAGUAAUUAAAAUGCUGAAAACAAGCUUUCGAAUCCUUCAUGACUCUUUUCCCCACUGGAUGUUUGGAAGAAAGGGUGGGGUGAGAGACAUGUACCUUUGACAGGACAGUGUUUACUUGGCCCAAGCGAUGGACUGUAGAACAUAUUUUAUUUUUCGUCAAAGCUGCAAAUUGGCAAGUAGAUGGCUUAGCAGUGGGGUUUCCCUGCAAACUUUCUCAGACUGACUUAAUCCAGGUAUUUGAAAUGUUAAAAGCUAUAAAGGGGGCGGGGUUAGGCAGGUAAGUAGGUAAGUAAUUACAUUAAGAGCUGCAUCUCACAUAUUGAAUUCCCUACACAGGUAUUGCUUGUGGGUAGAAAAUGUGAUGCUGUACAUGUAUUGCCCUUGUAACUUCCCACAGAGGAAAACGGCCUUGUUUUAAGUGACACUGAAAGAAAGGGAAAGAGUGGGAGUGAGAAGGAUACAGAAGCACAUUUGAUAUAUAUAUGUAUAUAUAUAUAUAUACACACACACACAGAGAGAGAGAGAGACUAGAUCCUAUGCAUAUUCUAGCAGUGCUCUGUGGGGGUGUGACGUUUGUGUUUAGCAGCUUUAAAACGGAACAACUUCAACUAGUGCCUCGGUUGCCAUAGUAACUGGGGCCUGUAGUUUCAAAGGUUCACCUCAUGUAUGGGUAGAGAAAUUGUAAAAAAAGAGAAGGCGAUGACUUGCAAUAUGGCAUGACUCCAUGUUUUGAAAAGAAAUUUCACUGGGAAGACAUCUCACCUCCCACCCCCAAUUUUGAUCCCAAACAAGUGUAUGAAUUAACAGUUUUUGCACGGGAUCAUGCGGGCUGGGGUUACACAGCAUGGCCAGUUGCCCCCCCAAAAAGAGGACAUGAAUCACACACAUACAUAAAAGGGAAUCAAAGAGAACACCGAUUUGUUUUUGCAAGUGGAAGUAGCUAUAAACCACAGGAUCAUGUAGAGGUAAUAACAGAAAUAGGUUCUCACAUUAAGCCUACUAGGUUCUGUAGCAUCUAGACUCAGAACCUGGUUGAAGACCAUAGCUCAGUGGCCCAGGUUAAGCCCUUGAUGUCUUCAAGUAGAGCUGGAAAAGACUGCUGCUGAAACCCUCAAGAACCACUGCCAGUCAGUGUACAAUACUGAACUAGAUGGUCUGACUUGAUAUAAGCAGCUUCCUGUUUUCAUAAUAUAGCCAAUGGGGGGGGGGACAGGUUAUGAAACCCUUAUUUCCAAGAUGAUUGUUGGCAGUGGAAUGCCCAGGGGAUGAUUCUUCUUCUUUGGCGAUAACUCUUAGCCGAGUAAGAUUGUCUUCCAUGAACACAAUCUUAACAGUGAGUCCGUAAGUGACUGUGGAGGCCAAUUCUGGAUCCACACGUCCUUCUACAGUGGGGACAUAGGUUUCCAGGCGGGAGUUGAUCGUGGUGAGGGUUUGCCAAACAUGCCUUCCUCUUAGCACGUUUCUCAUCCUGAGUUUGAGUGUCUUCAAGGUCUAUGACACCUUUGGUUAAGGCUAUUCUUCAACUGGAGCGCUCGCAGGCCAGUGUUUCCCAGUCGUCUUUGUUUAAACUACAUUUUUUAGAUUUGCCUUAAGAGAGUCUUUAAACCUCUUUUGUUGACCUCCAGCUUUCCAUAUGUAAGUUUCGAAUAGAGUAGUUGCUUUGGAAGAUGAUAAUCAGGCAUCCGCACAACAUGACCAGUCCAGCGAAGUUGAUGUUGAAGAAUCAUUGCUUUGACACUGGCAAUCUCUGCUUCUUCAGUGUCUGUGGCACAGACCAAACUUCAAUUCAGAGAACUUCCUGCUUUUGUGAUCUCAUUGUUCAUGUGGAUCUUAGCCAUAACCACACAAAAACCUGUGAAUGAUAUAUCCGUGUGGAUGCUUAAGUGCCUUUAGUGGUGAGAAACAUAUGCAGCUUCAAUAACAACCCUACUGUCAGGCUGCGUAGGGGAAGUCUCUUGAGUCUGACUCAUCGGUGCAGACUGAGGGCAGAUGGGAGAGGGGGUUGUAAGUGACUGUGAAGGCAAUUCUGGAUCCACACGUCCUUCCAUGGUGACCCAGGGGAUUAUGACUGUCCUAUCUAGAGCAUAGGGACAUGGGUGGCACUGUGGGUUAAACCACAUAACCUAGGGCUUGCCUAUCAGGUCAGCGGUUCGAAUUCCUGCAACGGGGUGAGCUUCCCAUUGCUCGGUCCCUGCUCCUGCCAACCUAGUACUUCGAAAGCACAUCAAGUGUAAGUAGAUAAAUAGGUACUGCUCUGGUGGGAAGGUAAACGGCAUUUCCAUGCGCUGCUGUGGUUCGCCAGAAGUGGCUUAGUCAUGCUGGCCACAUGACCUGUACGCCGGCUCCCUCGGCCAAUAAAGCGAGAUGAGCGCCGCAACCCCAGAGUUGUCCACAACUGGACCUAAUGGUCAGGGGUCACUUUACCUUUACCUUUAUCUAGAGAAUAAGUAUACAUGCUACACUAGCAAGAUACUUGUGUUUGUGAAAUUUGCCCCCAUGAGAGAGUGAUGGCCACCAGUCAGUCACAGGUCAGCAGAGUGUUCUUGGGCUUACUGUUCUGCUUCUGGGCUUCCUGUGGGCAUCUGGUUCGUCAGUGUGGCAACAGGAUGCUGGACUAAUUGGGCUUUGGCCUAAUCCAGGAGGGUCCUUUGGUUAUCUGAGCCUCUUGGGCUUGCCAAUCAGAAGGUCAGCGGUUCGAAUCCCCGUGACGAGGUGAGCUCCCGUUGUUCAGUCCCAGCUCCCACCCACGUAGCAGUUUGAAAGUACGUCAAGUGCAAGUAGAUAAAUAGGUACCGCUCCGGCGGGAAGGUAAACAGCAUUUCCGUGAACUGCUCUGGUUUGCCAGAAGCGGCUUAGUCAUGUUGGCCACAUUACCCGGAAGCUGUACGCCGGCUCCCUCGGCCAGUAAAGCGAGCUGAGCACCGCAACCCCAGAGUCAUCCACGACUGUACCUAACUGUCAGGGGUAUCUUUACCUUUAUCUUUAGGCUGGUUUUCCUCUGGGUCAGCAAGGGGAAAUGUCUGGAAGACACCUCUAGCUGUGUGCUAGAAGUACUCUCUUGACAUUAGAGCUGGGCAAUAUUUGGUUUUCAGCAUUGUGAUAUAUCACCAGCUAAACAUGGGGAUAUACUGAUAUAUCAUGAGAUCUGAAUUAAGGAUGGAACUAUGUAGAGACAUUGGCUGGCUUCAUGGUUUUCCCCACAUUGCAGUUUUUGCACACACACACAAAAUAGUGAUUCGCAAUAUAUUGCCAGGUCAAAAUUAUGAAACUGAUAUCACGAUAGGGGCUUGAAAACGGUUUCGGAUUAUAUAUUGAUAUAUCGCCCAACCCUACUUGGCAUUAGCUUCAAUAGUGUAAUAUUGUGUGGAUUGUUAUUUUUUAAACCGCUCUCCUUUGUCCUCUCCCAUUUGACAGGAUUCUCGAUAACAUUCUCUUGAAGUGGCUAAAAUGGAGAAUAGGAUGAGGGUGCAAUCUUAAGCCCCCCAAAUAAGUAAAUUCCAUUGACAUUGAUGGGGUCUGCAUACAAGUACAUGUGUUUAGGAUUAUAGGGCCAGCAGUUUUGUUUUUGUUUUGUAGAUGUGGCAUGUUUUGAGAUGCUUAACAUUCAUGUUAAGGAGUCCAGAAAUCCUGGUGUGUUAGUUAUCCGGAAUAAGUGGGGGGCCUGGCAGAAGGGCAUGCGUGUUGUGGGCUCGAGUUCAUUCCAAACAUAUUUUGCUUUUAUGGGCUAUGGCCCAUGAUGUAUUCUCAGCUGUGGCUUUGAUUUGCAGUUGACUCGGCUGGGGCAGUGUUUGGACAGCAAAAAAAUCCUGCUGAUGAGACGUGUAAACUCCCACCCAGAGCUCUAGGUGGUCUUGCCAUCUCAUCACAUACCAAGAGUAGGAGGAUACUGACCCCUUUAAAUAUGUGAUGGAGAGCAGGUUUAUAGGGCCAGCAGUGAAGGGCUCAAGAAAACUCUUCAGGGCAAUUGCAUAAUGUUUAAUUUUUUUGGCUCUUAAAAAAAGAAAUACAAGCCUAGAAUUGUGUUGUUCAGAUGAGACAUUACCUAUUUGAUUCUGCUUCACUGAUAGAUAUGAGAAUAUUUUGUAUUAGAUGUUGGAAUGAAGAUUACUAAACCGAGAUUUCAAUUCCAUCUUGAUAAACAGAUUUCAAGAGAGGGAAUAAAAAUGAAAACAAAACUUAGACGGAAAAUCCAGUGUUAAGUUGUUAGAAAACAACUUAAUUCUGUGCUAACACUGUAGGGUGACCUCACCACACAUCAUAAGAGAUCUGCAUUUGUUUGAUAUUAGGAAUGACAUGAUAUUUUGCUCCAUCUUAGAAAAAAUGAAAGUCAUGGGAGAUUAAAGUUUAAUGCGCUAUGCUUUCUCAGAGAGAGCAAGCUGUUCAAAUAGGUGUGUUAAGUGGUAAUUAAACAAAGAAAUUAGCUGUGAUUCUUUAGUUAAAAACAUGAUGAUGAGGUACCAGUACUCUUCUUACCUUGAUAAAAGUGCCAUGGGUGCAAACAUAAAAUGACUACCAAUGGCAGCAAACCUCCCCCCCCAAAAAAAAACCCUACUCCAUACCAGUGAGUGCAAUCACAAAAAGUACUAGUAAAUAUCUAGUUCAGACAAGGAAUUAUCAUGCGUCAAGUGAAAGCAAAUUAAACACAUUCAUACAUACAACAGAUUUCCCCCCAGACACAUGAUGAUGAUGAUGAUGGUGGUGGUGAUGAUGAUUUAUUUGUACCCUAUCCAUCUGACUGGGUUGCCCCAGCCACUCUGAGUGGCUUCCAACAUACAUAAAAAACAUAAUAAAACAUUAAAUCUUAAAAAGCAUAAAAUUCCUGUUUUUCUUUUUAAACUCUCCUCUACGCUCAACUGUUGACCUCUUUUCAUCGGCCCUUUGGCAAGUUACAGACUUGUAUAGAAUAUGUAUAGAAGGAGAAAGGAAAGGAGUCAGGCACAAGAGGAACAUUUGAUCUAGAUUAUAAACAGAGUACAGAGGGACGCGGGUGGCGCUGUGGGUUAAACCACAGAGCCUAGGGCUUGCCAAUCGGAAGGUUGGCGGUUCGAAUCCCCGCAACGGGGUGAGCUCCCGUUGCUCAGUCCCUGCUCCUGCCAACCUAGCAGUUCAAAGGCAUGUCAAAGUGCAAGUAGAUAAAUAGGAACCGCUCCGGCAGGAAAGGAAACGGCGUUUCCGUGCACUGCUCUGGUUUGCCAGAAGCAGCUUAAUCAAGCUGGCCACAUGACCCGGAAGCUGUACGCUGGCUCCCUCAGCCAAUACAGUGAGAUGAGCGCCGCAACCCCAGAGUCGGCCACAACUGGACCUAAUGGUCAGGGGUCCCUUUACCUUUAUAAACAGAGUUAGAAUUGACUCCUCCUUGAUAUACCUUUACUUAUAAACAAUUACAAAGAAAUUAAGUUAUGAAAUAUGGACCACGGAGAAGUCAGCUACCCAAAUGUGAUACGAAGAUUGAGGACACCAGGAGUUUACCUUCUCUCUGGAAAAGUAUAUGAAUUGACCUGGAUGGCUGAUAGAGGCAAAGUGAGCCAUUUAAAAACAUACCAUGGAUGGUGCUUUCAAGCAAGAAGAUGAGUUCUGAACUAAAAUGCAUUAAACUCUUUGCAAGCAGUUAAAAUCAACGCUUUUUUUCUGGGGGGACGCAGGGGUACGCAUAUCCCUAAACAUUUUGUGAAUCUUUGUACUUUAGUGUAUUUAUUUUUCCCGAUUUGAACUUUAAAAUGAUGGUUUUCAUGAGUCAAAAUGAGCGUACCUCUAAACAUUUUUUUUUUUGAAGGAAAAAAAAGCACUGGUUAAAAGUAAGUUUCCAGUUGCAUUUAUUAUUUGGCUCAUGCUUCAUAUUUAAACCUUAUUUCCCCUUGAAUGAAACUGGUGUCUUCUUUCUCCCCUUUCAGAAAAGACGGCGGCGAAUCGAUCGGAGUAUGAUUGGUGAGCCAACAAACUUUGUUCACACAGCUCAUGUAGGUUCAGGAGAUCUCUUUAGUGGAAUGAAUUCGGUAAGUUUUUGCCAGGAAUCCUGCAACAUUUUAUUUUAUUUUUCCAGCUUUUUUCUUUUCUUUAUAUUUUAUACAUUUAUUUACAUUUUAUACAUUUUUUUGACAAAGUAAUAAUCAUAAAUAAAUAAAGAAUAAAAAUGUGCACCCCACUGCUGAGACCAUUCCAUUUUAACUAUCCAACCUCCCAAAAUUUCAACCCCUCUUGCGAUGGUUUGACCCUUUUCCCUUUUAAAAGUACAAAUUCUACAAACACCCUCCAUAUCUUCUCAAAAUAAUUUAUCCCGCAUAUUCCCCAUCUUUCCUUAAUGGCACAUGUUAAUUUAUCAUUAAUAGCUAUAUCCCACACCUCUUUAUACCAUUCUUCCAUUUUAUAUUCCGCUUGGCCCUUCCAUUUCCUAGCUAUAAUAAUGUGUGCAGCUGUCAAUAAAUUUGUGAGCAAGUCCUUCAUAGCCUGUGAACCUUGCACCCCAUCCCUGCAGCAUUUAGACUGUAUCCUUGAAUAUGUAUAUUUUCUAAAACAUUAAACAAUUUAGAUUUGUAGUCCACCCUAUCCUAAAGAUUAGAGAUGUGACGUAAAAUAUUGCUUCAGUUUUUUUUGCAAAAUGACACAGAAGCUCAAUUACUUAUAUUUUAAUGCCAAAAAUAGGUUGGAUGCCUUUUGGCCACACCAUUUUGCAGCUCUUACAAGGCAGUAUAUAUUCAGGAGGGCAGGAGGGAAUGCAUUAGUACUGGGAAAAGAAGUAGAAAGGAAAACUCAAAGAUGCAAAGAAUUGGUUAACUUAUUCAAGCACCAUCAUUUCUAAUUAGUUAAAGAAGUCUUCUUCAGGGGCAGCUAGAAAACAAAUAGUGGUACCUCAGUUUUCAAACGUAAUCCGUUCCAGAAGACCAUUUGACUACCAAAACAUUUGAAAACCAAAGCAGUUACUUCCGGGUUUUCGGUGUUUGAAAACCGAAACGUUCAACUUCUGAGACGUUCGAAAACCAAGGUACCACUGUAUAUAUUUACAGUGUAAUUGUGCUUGUGUUCGAAUAAGUGUAUAUAUAGGACUGUAGCCUUGGUGUAUCCUAUUAAGAAAAUUAUGGAUUCAUUUAUACCUUUAACACACCAGCAUAUCAAAUAUAAGAGUAUUGUAGCUGAUUCACUCAAAUGAAUAAUAUCAGAAAGCCUGUAACACGGACAACCUAAAUGGCAUUUUAUAGAUUGUUUCAAAGUAAGGGGGGUAAACAGUGUUAGAAGCAUAAUAUUACUUCUCUUUUCAGAACAUUUGUAGUGUUGUCUAGUAAACAGAAAAUGUUGUACUUUCUCCCCAACAAGAUGUCAGUCUGUAAUAAAAAAUGCAUGUUAGAAUACAGACAGCUUCAGCUUCCUUCUUGCAACCCAAAAUGUUCUUUCCUAUAUCCCUUUUUACUGUACAAGAAACUCUUGUUAUCAUUUUUUUAAUAGGCUCAAAUCUGCCAUGUAAAAAUGUAUGCUAACUAGUUUCUUCAAAGGAAAGGCUGAAACUGUUUCUCGAAAGGCCAAAAUGUGUGUUUGCCUGCAGCUAGCUAUCUAACCGUACAAGAAAAAAACCUAGGAGCUGCUAAACGAAGGAAAAUAACGCACACCACUGAUAAAAUUAACAAAUCAGCUGUUCUAGAAUUCUUUGAUUGGCAUGACCUUUGAAAUAUCCUGGAGAAAACUUGGAUCGCCCUAGGUAGAAAUCCCAAAAGUCACACAUUCUUAUGUUAACAUAGUUCACUAGAAGCAAGAAUCAAAAGAACUCACAUCUUCACUGAGGAGGGCAGAGAGGUGGUGUUUGCAUACCUAGAAUUGAGAUGAAUAAUUGAGGUUUAGGCUGCACAUAUUGCCGAGCAGGUUUGGCUGUUAACUUGCUGCACAAGCACAAAAGGAACAAACUCCCUGUGUUUUUUGUUCCGCCAGCACAGCAUUAUAUUUAAAAUGCAUUAAAGGUGUUUAAAGGUUGGAGAAAUCCCUGUCCAUUCCUUAUAUGGAUUUGGAGUUUCUGUGAAGGCAUGGGGAAUGAGCUGCUUUGAAGUUACAGAUCCAAAUGCCUUUAAAUCAGUGUUCUCUUUAUCAUCUCUUCAUUUCAUGCUGCUUGGGGCUCCCAGAAUACAUAUUUCAGUUUUUAAAAUAGCAAAAAUAAAGAGAAUUUUAAAUUUCACCUUACAAAACAAGGGGCAUACUAAUAUCUGAUUUUACAUUCUUGCCUUUUUAAAAUAAAUUAUGCAUGUACAAUAUUAUUAUUGUUGUAGCAAAGUGACUUCAUGCUCAGCUGUUUUGCAUAUUUAUUGCACACAUAACUUUUUUUUCCAAUUUUUCCAAAUCAGUUUGUUCUCCCUAAAGGUUGUUUUGAUUCACGGCUUACAAAUCACAGCAAUAAAUGCCAUUUUCUUAUAAUUUUAUGGAUAAGCGUUUCAAAACACUUUUGUCUGUCUAUUUCAUCCUAGAAGAAUUUAUUUCAUCUAACAGAAUUGAUAUGUUAACAUUCUGCUUAAAUAAAUCUCCUCUUAAGAGAGUAAGAGAUGAAUCAGUUGGAAGAAAAUAUGGGUCUUUUUUGCAUAGCUAUGUAGACAUCUAUUUUUAAGACAUCUGUUGCAAUGCAUACAUCCUGUGUAAGAAAUUUUGGACUCUUAUAUGAUAUACACAAUUCUAUUUGUCUCUCCUGAAAAGAAAAACAUUUUCUCUUUCUAAGCCAUGUUUAUAACUCAAGAUCACACAUGUAUAUCAGCUGCAACAUCAAAUGAUGUAUAAAACGUUAAUCCCAUGCUGCAGCUACGAAGGACCAAAGGUCCCUUCGUAUGUUACUCCCACAAAGUGGUGAUCAUGUGAUCACACAGCUCCCCCUGGCCCUGAUGUCCAGGCAUUAGGCAUGAGAACUCCCGUGACGGGGUGAGCUCCUGUCGCUCUGUCCCAGCUUCUGCCAACCUAGCAGUUUGAAAGCAUGCCAGUGCAAGUAGAAAAACAGGGAAGGUAAAUGGCAUUUUCAUGCGCUCUGGUUUCCGUCACAGUGUCCCGUUGCGCCAGAAGCGGUUUAGUCCUGCUGGUCACUUGACCCGGAAAACUGUUUGUGGACAAACAGCGGCUCCCUCAGCCUGAAAGUGAGAUGAGCGCUGCAACCCCAUAGUCGCCUUUGACUGGACUUGACCGCCCAGGGGUCCUUUAGGGACAGCAUUGGUUUAGUAAAGAGAUGUUAUUCUCCUUAUGGAAACUAAACAACUAGGAAAAGUGCUACCCAUGUCAAAUGUGUUAAAAUGCUAGUAAACCUACCGUCUAGGAAUGAACUUGUGCUAAAUCGGGGCCUCCCUUAAAGAGGGCACGUAUUGCGGUGAGACCUGGACAACUGACACCCUGUCUUGUGGGUGGGUACGAUUGGUCAGCCACAACACCCGAUUGGUAGGUCCCUCGAAGCUGGGUACAAUCUGGCCAAUGGCAGUCCAAGUGGUUCAAGGGACCUAUUUAUGCCCAUGCACGUGACCCAGAGCUUCCUCUUUCAGCGCGUGCAUUUGGAACACCCGCCCACCUCUCCCUACUUUUAGGAUUUGUUGCGCUGGACCUUGCUAUGCCGUCGUGUGUCGUCUGUCGUUGGGACAGGGGCACGGCAGGAAUUUUCCCCACUUGGCUGAUUGGCUGGUGCCAUUUGGGUUUCGCCUGCCGCGUAGCAAAUCGUCACAACUUGUAAGGUUGCGGAUAGGCUCUGGUUCAGGUGAUAGGGAUGGGAGAACGCUCUCGCCAUCCCUAUGUGAAGGAAUUCCGUUGAAGGAAUCCAGGGACUCAAUGGUUUGGUCAACCCCUGAGAGGGGGUUGUGCCCGUGCCUGAGUCCAGGGGGACAUUUGGGUGGCAGAGAUAGCCCGUUCCAGGCUUUCCACUUAUCUGGGCAUUCACCCUUGGCUGACCUAUGCUGGUACCCUGGGUCAGAGCUACCUGCAACGCAGGGAGCUAGUCGAACCAGAACCUAUGCAGCCAGUCACUUUCGGUAAUCAAUAAAGUUGUGGCCUCAAUUCUGACAAAAACCAAAACCAAAAUUUGUGUCAAGUGUGAAUUUAUUUUAGGGGGGAGGUUUCUGGGUCUGAACUUGAGAGUCCACCAGUUCAUGGCUGACCGUACCCCUUUCUUUCCUACCCUUUUCCUGUAUGUCUAGGUGAGUUCAAUUCAGAACCAAAUGCAGUCCAAAGGAGGCUAUGGAGGAGGAAUGUCUGCAAAUGUUCAAAUGCAACUUGUAGAUACAAAGGCGGGAUAACUGUGGGACAUACUUUGAGUGAGUAUUACAGAAUUUGCAAAUGCUGUUGCCGACUUUUCUCUGCUAGUAACAGAAAAGAAGCUGUUGUGCUCCUUUUAAGCGAUUCUCUGUAAAUACCGGUAGCUUGUUCAUUAUAUUUGCUACUAGCCCAGGAGCCGGAUGCAAGAAAUAUGUGCCUGCAAAUGUGUGUUAGGUAUUAUGCAAUGAGCGAUAAGAUCAAGUACUUCCAGUACCAAUUAUAAGAAAGAGAUUUUGUUCGACUGAUUUCGCACACUCGUCCGUCAGGAAUUAGCUUUAGGCCUUUGGCGCUCAUCUUUGUAGGAAAUGUUGGCCCCUGAAGUUCUCUGUGGUACCAAAACGAGAACAGUUAAAUUGCAGAGAAGGGGUAACAUCACAGUUAAAGUAUGAUUGCAUAAAUAGAGCAUGCGAGCAUUUUUUUAUUUCUGAUAGCAGUAGGUGGUUUCAUCAAACAAUCUCCUAAGUUCCUUAGUUCCCGGCUCCCACACAUGGCUUACUGCUGCUGCUAGAGGUUAGGAAACACACAAUGUAAUGAUGUCUCAAUGUGAGAUGAAAUUUGCGCUAUGUGUCACAGUUUGAGAGAACACAGCCUAUGGCUGCCAUGUUCAGUAGUAGCUGCCUGCAAGCUACAUUUCUUUCUUUUCCCACUUUUUAUUCAUUCUUUUAUUUCUAUUUUAUACAUUUAUUUACAUUUUAUACACUCUUUUUUUUUACAAAGUAAUAAUAAUAUAUAAAUAAGCAUAAAAAUGUGCACCCCACCACCGAGACCAUUCCAUCAUAACUAUCCAACCUCCCAAAAUUUCAGCACCUCUUGCGAUGAUGGUUUGACCCCUUUCCCUUUUAACAGUACAGAUUCUACAAACAAUAUCUCCUCAAAAUCAUUUCCCCUGCAUAUUCCCCGUCUUACCUUAAUGGCACAUGUUAAUUUAGCAUGAAUAGCUAUAUCCCCCACCUCUUUAUACCAUUCUUCCAUUUAAUAUUCUGCUUGUCCCUUCCACUUCAUGGCUAUCAUCAUUCUUGCGGCUGUCAAUAAGUUUGUGAGCAAGUCCUUCAUAGCCUGUGAAUUUUCCACCCCAUCAUAGAUUGAUAAUAAUGCUGCCUCUGGAACUUUGGUCAACUUUAACCCAGUGAUUUCUGUUAUCUCCUUAUAUAUUCUUUUUAUAUAUUUACACUGCCACCACAUGUGAACAUAAUUCCGCAAGCUACAUUUCUGCCCUCGUUCUGAGAAUGUCUUGUUUGUCUUCUUACUCAUUGUUCUGUUUUUUUCACAGAUCCUUGUGAAUAUCUGUACCUUCUUUCCUGUGUUCCUCUAUGCCUUGGUGACUGCUUCCUGUGCUCAUGA